UAAUCUUUGGGAUUCUGGCAAAACCCUCUCCCAUGGCGUCUCUCUCCCCAUUCCCUGGAACGGCUAACUCCAUCUUCUCCCCUAACAUCCACUUGAAAUUCCGUAUUCCAUUGUCUACACUGCUUUUCCGACCCAUCCGUGCUGCCCCACACGACCGCAUCUCCACCACUUCCCCUAACAACAACCGUUACUCUCCACAAUCAAGACCCCGUCGGAAUAACCAUCAAGAUUACAGAAGAAUCAGUACGCCUAUCCAAAAAGAAGCUGACCCAGUAACAUUGAGCCCCAUUUCAGCAGCUGAUGUUAACUUGAUGAGUCUAUGCAAUGAAGGUAAGAUUGACCAAGUAAUUGAGUAUAUUUCCCAGGGCGUUGACGCUGACUUUCGUAUUUUUGAGACAUUAUUGAGCUAUUGUACUAAACUUGCGUCUUUGGACGUUGGGGUGAAGGUGCAUGAGCUCUUAUUGCGAUCCCCAUGGAGUAACAAUAUUGAAUUGAACAGUAAGUUAGUGGAAAUGUAUGUUAAGAACGGAAGCAUCAGGAAUGCGAGAAAAGUGUUUGAUAAAAUGCGUGAAAGGAAGUUGGAGCUAUGGCACUUGAUGAUUAGUGGGUAUGCAGAAACUGGAGAUGGGGAGAGUGGUUUGCUUUUGUUUGAGCAGAUGAGAAAACUUAGGCUGUUGGAGCCCAAUGGGGACACUUUUUCCGUGGUUCUUUCGGCUUGUGCUAGUAAGGGGUCUGUGAAAGAUGGUUUUACGUAUUUUGAGCUAAUGAAGAAUGAGUACGGUAUUGUUCCUGGAGUUGAGCAUUAUUUAGGGAUCAUUGAUGUUUUGGGAAAAUCUGGGCAUUUGAAUGAAUUGCUAGAGUUUAUUGAAGACAUGCCUAUUGAGCCUACAAAAGUAGUAUGGGAGGCCGUUAUAAAUUUUGCACGAAUUCAUGGGGAUAUUGAACUUGAAGAUCGAACUGAGGAGCUGCUCAUUAGGUUAGAUUCUUCCAGAAAUAUGGCUGAUAAGCCCCUUGCACCGUUUCAGAAAAGGCAUUCUGAGUUUAGUAUGCUUGAGGGUAAAGAUAGAGCUAAUGAGUUCAAGAUCACAAUUCCACAUAGGGCAGAUGCAUAUGAAAAAUUGAAAGGCUUAAGCGGGCAGAUGAGGGAUGCUGGUUAUGUACCAGACACGAGGUAUGUGCUUCAUGAUAUUGAUGAGGCUGCUAAGGAGCAAGCGCUGAUGUAUCAUAGUGAGCGAUUGGCUAUUGCAUAUGGUUUAAUUAGUACUCCGGCAAGAACAACUCUUAGGAUCAUCAAGAACCUCCGUAUAUGUGGUGACUGUCACAACGCCAUUAAGAUCAUGUCAAAGAUUGUUGGGCGAGAGUUGAUUGUUAGAGAUAACAAGCGGUUUCAUCAUUUCAGAGAUGGUAAAUGCUCCUGUAAUGACUACUGGUGAAGUCAUUAGUCCAUAUUCAGACUAUUACUUUGAUUUUUAUUGUAGA